ACGACGUUUUCCAAAAGACUAUUCUGUACGUUUUCAAGAAAGGAUGAUUUCGUGCUAAUACAACAGUGUGUUCUCAAGUUAUUGGUUAAAAAAGGUGUUUUAUCAGUGUUUCAAUGUUUCUGGAGAAUGCUUUGAUGAGACGUACAAAAUGAAAUAAAACAAAAUCGACAAAAAGGAGACGUGACAACAUACAGGCCAUGAAAAGGUUGAAAUGACACAGCCCAGCUGAAGCUAGCGCUAUGGUCGCUCCUAGCGCUCCCACGCCACCAUGGCCGACGAAGAGAAACUUCCGAUACCCCCAACAUUUCUCGAGAAACUAUUGUUUUACACAACAGCUACUUUCGUUCUUUUGGCUACCUUCAGUCUGUUUGCUUUCCUCUUUCUCGUACCAUUCGUCAUAGAGCCCGCCUUUACAACCAUAUUCAUGCAGUUCGAUCCGGUCGGAGCAUUAUGCGUGACCGCACAGGUCAAACACCUCGUGGGAGCCAGCAACUGCACAUGGGCCUCAUGUAGGGAAGGCUGCACGAAAGAUCUUUACGAGUGCACCCAGAUAAGAGUUAACUACAAACUUGGUGUUUCGCCGAACAUCUCAGCAACAGAAUACGAGAAUCUAAUAAGAGCCGAAAGAGCUAUAAGAGAAUACGAAUACGAGAACUACGAAGCUACGGGAGACAAAAACUAUCCAGAAAUGGCGGAAGAAACGGAGUUAGCCGAUGCGUUACCAACCGGACUUCAGGGCAACGAUUCGGAGUGGUACUUUACCGGUGCCCGUCUGUUUCCCAACGUCAAGGGCUGUGGAUACCCUCCAAUACUAAAUUGUACAAUAUUCCUAUCCAAGUAUAGACCUUUAGGUAACAACUACACAUGCUACUACAGCCGGGUGGACCCCGGUUUAGUCAUAACAGACCUUGAUAUGUGGCAGAACACUUUAAACUUAGUAUAUGCAAUGGCAAUCCCGAUACCGUCUUUCAUUAUUUCUGUGAUCUAUUUGACAUUUGCUUACUUCAAAAUAUAUAACACUGAGGAGGAAUCUGAGCAGGCGCCUCUGCAGAGUGAUGCCGAAGGCAUGGCCACGGGAGACGACGAGAAGCCCACGACCCCGGGCAGCGACACGUUUAGGGAAGACCUGGCCUGCUUCGGUCACCAGUUGAAAAUGCAGCUAGCAAACGAAAAAUCUAAGGAAGGCUUCGAGUCAAAUAGUCCACCAAUUUCCAAUUCGGCUUCGCUAUCUGGGACCAAGUCAUCCUUCGUCAACGCCUAGUGUGAUACCACAUCACAGCCGAGAUGACAGGAUUCCUGAAGAGCAGGUGUCGGCUACAAAGUGUAUCACGAAAUGAGGUGAACGGUCAUACCGCGAUAGGACAAACUCGACUAACGUGAUCGAAGACUUCUAGUCCAAGCGACACUCUACUCAACCAGACGAGGAGCACAAGAGAAACGGGUGGACGAUUGAAAUUUUUAUAAAGCGUUGUGAAAAACUUGCAAGUUUCGUGGUAACAUUUUCUAUUUCGGAAACUCGUGUGUUUUGUUACAGUUCAUGCGUCAAGCAUGAUGUGAUACUUCAGUUUCGUUCAGUGUAACCCAAUUUAAGGCAUAUUCGAUCGAUUGAAUUAUUUAUUUACACGUUCGGUUUAAGCCAUCAAAUGAAUUAUACAUAGACCUUCCUUUUUCAGCCGGCCGAAUGUUUAGUUGACAAAUGACCGACCUGUGACAUAAGAAGAAAAGAGGUUGAUUUUUUACUUACACGCUCAUGAAUAAUUUCAAUCAAUAUUACAAGUAGAAGUAUUUUAUACCAUUCACCGUAUGUUUGUAGUGUGGACAUAAUAUACCUAAUGAGCUUAGUAAUGGACGACUUUACUAUUUGAAUUAUAGAUGAGGCUAUUUUGCAGGUUUCUGAUAAAUAAACAUUUAGGGCAACCAUUAAGGGGACAUGUAAUUUUAAUAAUUUUGAUUAUUACUUCUGAAAUCAGCACGUUCUUACUCGUAGUUGAGCAUUAUUUAUUUUCAUUGGUUUUCGUUUGUUACAAUUUAAAUACUUGCAAGGUCCAUGAGAGCAUAACCCCACUGCUUUAAAAAUAUUAAAAAAAUAAAAAACGAGGAUAUUUUAUUCGGUAUGCUCAGUGUUGCUCAAUGAACGCACUUUUUCCUCUUAGAAAAUGUUACUGUGAAAAACGAAUUAUAUUAGAAAUAAAAGAUUUUAUCUCCUAUAUAAUUAUAAAAAAUAAGAUUUUAUUAUGCUCGUAUGCUACUGGUGUCAAAUGCACGCGUGCUGAUUAUAAAAAUGUUGAAAUACAUAUAAAAAAAUAUAACGUGAGAUAAUAUAUAAGGAAUCGCAAGCUGUUUACAAUAAUAAUAAUAUUUAUAAGCUGUUAAUUUUGAAGGCAAUAUUUAAUUUUGAUUUAAUUG